AUGCCUGCACCGCCCGACAACAAGGGCGACCCCUUGGCCUUGGCCGUGGAUGGUAAGAAGAGCUCCAAGCUGGGCUUGGUUUCUGGCGUGUACAUCCCCGUAUGCCUGAACAUUAUGAGCAUUCUCAUGUUUCUGCGGUUUGGGCUCAUUCUGGGACAGGUCGGGUUUCUUGGAAUCAUGGGACUGUUGGCCACAGCCUACUGUGUCGAUCUUUUGACCACAUUGUCCCUGUCAGCCAUUGCCUCCAAUGGCGAGGUCAAGGGCGGGGGCGCAUACUAUCUGAUCUCGAGAUCACUCGGCCCCGAAUUCGGAGGUUCCAUUGGGAUUUUGUUCUUCUUGGCUCAAGCGCUCAAUGCUGCCAUGAACAUUGUUGGUUUAAUCGACUGCAUUCGGCUCAAUGUUGGACCCGAAUUUCCACGCGGAUAUUGGACAGGGUAUGGCUUGCAGACGGCAGCGUUGGUCAUGUCCACUUCCAUGUGCCUUUUGGGAUCAGCUACUUUUUCAAAGGCCUCUAAUUUAUUGUUGGCUAUCUUGACGGCAGCUGUGCUGAGUGUUCCGCUGUCAGCCAUCUUCAAGGCCCCGUUCCGAGACGACGAUGCUGGCAUUGUGUACACGGGGCUCAGUCUCAAUACUCUUGCCAGCAACCUUUUACCGAGUUUCGACGAGCAUGUCUACCAGGGGCUGACAACGUUCCGAGACUUGUUUGGCAUAACGUUCCCCGCUACUUCGGGUAUAUUUGCGGGUGCAUCCAUGUCGGGGGAUUUAAAAAACCCAAGCAAGGCCGUCCCCAAGGGCACACUAUGGGCCAUGCUCACGACCUUUGUUGUCUACUUUGUCGUGAUUCUCUCCAUGGCCUGCACCAUCUCUCGGGCCUCCUUGCUCGCCAACGACAACAUCAUGUCUGUGACGAGCCUGUCGGCGGCUGUCAUCUUCGCCGGAGAAUGUUCAGUGACCUUUUUCUCCGCCCUCAUGGGCAUCAUGGGCUCUGCCAAACUGUUCCAGGCACUGGCGAGAGACAAGUUACUGCCUGGACUUUCCAUCUUUGGCAGAGGGACCAAGAAGGCUGAUGAACCCAUCUUUGCUGUUUUUCUCACAUACGCUAUUGCGCAAGUUGCCCUCCUCGCGGAUUUGAACCAGAUUGCGACCUUCAUCUCCAUGGGCUACCAGAUGACCUUUUUCGUCAUGAAUCUUGCUUGCUUCCUCCUCAAAAUUGGAUCGGCCCCAAACUUUCGGCCCAGUUUCAAGCUCUUCAACUGGCAGACGGCGUGCAUCGGUAGUCUUCUGUCUGCUGCGGCCAUGUUCUUUAUUGACGAGACCUACGCAGCAAUUGCUAUUUGCGUGCUUGUUUUCGUCUUUCUACUCAUCCACUACUUGUGUCCGCCCAAGCGAUGGGGCGAUGUGUCGCAGAAUCUCAUCUACCAUCAAGUGCGAAAGUACCUGCUGCGGCUGAAGCCAGAACACAUCAAGUUUUGGCGACCACACAUCAUUCUUCUCAUCAACAACCCCCGACGCCAGACGCGGUUGAUACAGUUUUGCAAUUCCAUGAAGAAGGGGUCUCUUUACAUUUUGGGCCAUGUGAUCGUAACAGACGACUUCAACUCUGGGGUGCAUGAGGCCCGGCUGCAGCAACAGGCUUGGACACGAUAUAUUUCCGAGUUUUCAAGAAUCAAGGCCUUUGUCCAGCUUACCAUGUCUCCCUCAAUCACUUGGGGGGUUCGCAACUUGGUUCUUGCAGCCGGCCUCGGUGGCAUGCGUCCAAAUGUUGCAGUCUUGGGAUUCUAUAACAUGGAUGACCUGCGGAAAUCAAACCCCACGAUGCCCAUUCCGGAUGUGCCUGCAUCUCCAGCCGACAAGACGAGACGCAGGUCAAAAUCGUCCGGCAAUAUCGCCAGGCGUGGGCGUCGAGAUACGUCUGCACAGCUACUCGAGGGGACCCUGCCCACCGAUGUCAUUCGGACCGAGGGCAUGGUAUCCCCCACUGACUACAUGAUCAUGUUGGAGGAUCUUGCGUUGAAGUAUAGACUCAACGUUGCCAUAGCCCACGGGUUCGACAAGCUGGAGACGCCACAGCACGAUGGAUCCAAUUCCAAAAAGUACAUCGAUCUGUGGCCCAUCCAAAUGUCUGCUGAGCUGUCUUCGGAUGGCAAGAAUGUGCUUACGACAAAUUUUGACACGUACACCCUCAUCUUACAACUGGGGCAUAUUUUGCGCAGCGUACAAGCCUGGCAAAGAGUGUUUGCCCUGCGUGUUUUGGUGUUUGUGGAGUAUGCGCAUGAAGUCGACGAGGAGAGAGCUAGAGUCCAGGCUCUCCUAGAGAAGCUACGAAUCGACGCGCAGGUUCUCGUAUUCUAUUUGGCGUCUGGUCAUCUCAACACAUAUGAGCUCAUUGUCAAUGGAAGUACCGACGACAUUGAUGCCGAAAUCAUUGUUGGCGAGGCUCUCAAGGAUGAGGAAUGGUGGGAGGACUUGCAGAUGCUCCGCAGGCGGACCGAGGAGCUCUCCUCGAGCCAAGAGCUUUCGCAACUGGCCCAGUUUCUGGAUUCAACCAGUGCGAGACCUGGUGCAUAUAAUCCCCACGAUGAUGCGGGCAAUGCGCGCCGUCAGAGCAUGGCCGAAGUUGCAGAGAUGCCCAGGAAGCCAGACAUCGCCACGCUCUCAAAGCUCGGAGUCAGCAUGGGGAUUCACACGACACAUAUCAAUGAUGAAGUUCUGCAGGAGCCCGAAUCAACCCAGACUCUGAUACAGAUGUGGAAGCGUCUAUUGCUCGAGCCUUCGCAAGAAAGCGGUGCUGCAACGGGGCAGCCUUCAUCAACGCCCGGGCGAGGGCGGAUGUCAAGAACCGGCGAUCCAAGUACACAAGUUCCCUCGUACGGCACCAUGGAAGCAUCUCGGACGUUGGCAGAAAAUCCCGAAGCCUCAGUCGGGUUGCGUGUCCCUGAAGUUGCUGAAAUGGGUACGAGCUCUCCCGGGGCAGACAAGGGGCCUCAUCAGUUCGACUCUUUCCCUACACUAGACCCUCUUCGGGUGCCAUCCAGUGGUGUUCAGCGAUCACGCUCUACGAGUCCCUCGAAAGUUGGCGAUGGAGCUGGAGCCGUCACACCGACGAGACCGAAUUUCUCGCGACAGUCUUCUGCUGCUCGGUUCUCCAGCCGACCAGUGCCCGAAACCAAAAUCAUCGCGGAAGGUGAAGGCACCAAGCUUAGUUUCGCACCCACUGCCUCGAAUCCUCCGACGCCUGGCGCUGAACGACCAGCCUUCUCGAGGCAAUCCUCACUCGGCAAGUUUUCAAGUCGUCUGUUGCCUGAAACCAAAGUCAGCGGCGUAGAGGGCGCGAGAACAAUUACAUUUGCAAGUCCACCAGCAUCUCAGCCGCAUUCGGGUCCGCAUUCGCGGCAUCACUCGAGACACGGCUCUCAAUAUUCCGUGCACCGUCAGGAUCCAGUCAGCCUUGUUAUUCCAGAGCACGCUGAAGCAUUCACGGGGCACGUACCAAACCACGGCAGUGAAGCAGAUACCGGGUCGGCUUUUUCGGGACGCAAUGUGACGCUUUCAUUCAACGAUCUGCCUAGUCGAGCGCAGCACUUGAUUCUCAACGAGCUCAUGCGGCAGCACUCCAAGCUGACGAGUGUUUUAAUGACAACGCUGCCUAUUCCUUCUGAGGGCACGAGCCUCGACGAAACGUCUACAAUGCAGUAUCUUUCAGAUGUUGAACUUUUUUGCAACAAACUACCACCCACGUUGAUGGUUCUGAGCAACACCAUGACGGUCACAGUCAGUCUUUAG